AUCAAAAAGUUUUCCUAACCAGCUGAAUACAUGUUGGCUGAAAAUCUGUAUCAUGGCGAUUGAUCAACAGCCACGACUGCAGUUACAUUGACAUGUCAGCAACAAUGGCGCAACACUCCCGGAGAGGUUUACUAAGUGCUUUGUUGUUUUGUUCAUUCAAGCCUGUACCGUUUUGGUUCCUGCUAUUUCUCCCGCUUUGCGACUGUGCUCCUUUACGUUUUGUUGCAGCGGUCUUUACCAUAAAACUGGUAUGCAAAAAUGGGGUCGGAGCGUUUGCUAUUCAGAGUAUCUUUUCUAUGAUUUGCUGUACAUAUCUACUUCUUAAGCAAUAUAGUGGAAAUUUGGUGACAUACAUCGUUGGGAUUGAUACAUUACAUGGCGACUUGCCUUGCUGGUAGAUUUUGUAAUGCACCAAAUGAAGAAUAAUAUCUGCACGGGAGAACAGACUGCAAAAUGUG